AAUGGACUAAGGGAAGGGAACAUAUUGAAUUAGGACAGGGCCUGUAUUUGAACCUGUGCACCGCCCAAUCAAUGUCGUCAAAAGGAUGUUUUUUUUCCUUCUUCUGCGUGUAGUGUUAUUAUUAAUAUGUACCUAUUUUCCACACUUCUGAUUCAUUUAUUAUAGGCUUCAGUGUGAUUUUAUGUGGCUUUCUGAACAGCCGAACAACUUUUUUUUUUCAUGACGUGUUUUAUACUGGUUACUUUUACGAAGUAAACAUACUGAGUGCUAAAAGUUCCGUUAACGCAAAGCUGCAGUGCCAUCCGAAGCGCUUCUGAAGUUCAGUUGUCUGUGCACUGACUCGCCAUGGCGGAAGGAGCAGCUUCUUCUGGAGGACUAAAUCCAAGUUCUUUCACCUCCCGGGUGAAGAAAACCAGCAGCAGUAAUGUGCCAGUGAACGCGCGACGAAACACUCGACAGAGCCACAAGAGGGACCUUCACAGUCGGGUUGUUCUGGAGAAAGUUCUGGGUAUCACCACAACCAGCAACAGUGGUUUAGCCUGCGAUACUAAUACAGGCACCGUCGCAUACCCUGCAGGAUGCGUCAUCGUGCUCCUGAAUCCAAAGACUAACAAGCAAAGCUACAUCUUUAAUACGUCAAGAAAAACCUUCAGUGCAUUGGCUUUCUCACAGAAUGGAAAAUAUUUGGUCACUGGUGAGAGUGGACACAUGCCUUGUGUAAGAGUGUGGGAUGUGGCGGAGCGUACUCAGGUGGCAGAGGUCCAGUGCCACAAGUAUGGAGUUGCCUGUGUUGCUUUUUCUACUAAUGGCUGCUACGUUGUGUCUGUGGGAUUUCAGCAUGACCGGACUGUCAGCGUCUGGGAGUGGAAAAGGGGGACUGUUAUUGCAUCCAAUAAAGUGUCUAGUCGUGUGCUGGCUGUUUCCUUCUCUGAGGACAGUAGCUACUUUGUCACUGCAGGAAACCGACACGUGAAGUUCUGGUAUUUGGAUGCCUCCAAGGAGAGACGUGUGAACAGUACUGUGCCCUUGAUUGGUCGAUCAGGGUUGCUAGGAGAACAUCAGAAUAGUGAAUUCUGUGAUUUGGCAUGUGGUCGUGGCACUGUGUCAAGCAGUACCUACUGUAUCACCCAUACUGGUCUGCUGUGCCAGUUCAAUAGUAACCGGCAGCUGGAUCUAUGGGUUGACCUCAAAACAUCUUCAGCACGCUGUUUAUCUGUGAGUGAAGCUUUCGUUUUUUGUGGCUGUGCAGAUGGCACAGUGCGGGUCUUUAGCCCACAAAACCUGCAUUACAUCACCACAUUGCACCGGCCCCACUGUCUAGGAGUGGAUGUCUCGCAGGGCAUGCAGCCUCAGCCAGAAGCAGAGUAUCCAGAUACCUUGGCCCUGACACAUGAUCCUGUGACCGGCCAGCUCGUGUGUGUAUAUAAUGACCACAGUGUUUAUGUUUGGGAUGUGCAUGAUGUCAACAAUGUAGGGAAGGUCUACUCUUCCCUGUACCACAGUAAUUGUGUCUGGAGUGUUGAGACCUACCCGGAGUUGGAAGAUUCACAUGCAGCUUUGUUGCCUGGAUCUUUCCUGACCUGUUCAUCUGACAACACCCUUCGUCUUUGGAACGGUGAUUUUCAUCAAAGCUCUAACCUUGACAGUCAGGACUUGGUGAAGAUUGUGUAUGUGGAUAAUGACAUUGGGCAUCUGAAGGCCCCACCAGAUAAAGCAGAGGGUAACCAAGAUGGCAAAUUUGGAAUCCGAGUCCUAGGAAUCAGCCCUGAUGGCCAGCACCUGGCAGCUGGGGAUCGUAGUGGAAACCUACGGAUCUAUGGACUUCAGUUCAUGGAUGAACUUCUGAGGAUUGAGGCCCAUGAUUCUGAGAUUUUAUGUCUGGCCUUCACUCCCACAGAGACAGGUGUGCAUCUGUUGGCCUCAGCUGGUCGCGAUCGACUCAUACAUCUAUUCAAUAUGGACAAAAGCUACAGUCUUGUACAGACAUUUUAUGACCAUUCGGCAUCUGUCACUGCCAUGAAAUUUACAGGUGUUGGUCCAAAGGUGUCCAUGGUAAGCUGUGGUGCUGACAAGAGCAUUUACUUCCGCUCAGCUGAAAAGACUUCUCAAGACCUGGCUUUCUCAAUGUCACAUCAUGUGGUGGAGAAAAGUACAUUAUAUGACAUGGACCUGGACGCCACACUCACACACACUGCCAUUGCCUGCCAAGAUCGCAACAUUAGAGUAUACAAUGUGAAGAGUGGCAAGAUGAAAAAGUGCUUUAAGGGCUCCUUGACUGAUGAUGGCACAGUGCUUAAGGUUCAGCUGGAUCGUUCUGGGAUGUUCUUGGCCACCAGCUGCUCGGACAAGAGCAUCUGUAUUUUUGAUUAUGAGACUGGAGAGUGUGUGGCAACGUUAUUUGGGCAUUCUGAAAUUGUGACUGGUAUGAAAUUCAGUCCAGACUGCAAGCAUCUAAUUACUGUCUGUGGCGAUAGCUGUGUGUUUGUGUGGCGGCUGUGCUCACAAAUGACUAACUCGAUGCGGAAGAGACUGGCUGAGAGAAAACGGAGAGCAGGACUGAGGAACAUGAUCAAAGUCACCUGCAAACAACAAGCCAUCAGGAGAGAAACCUACAUCACUGUACCAUGCAGUGGAGUGGUUCAGCCAAAAGAGGGAGAAGAAAACAGCUUGUUGGAGGAAAAGGAGGAUGUCGAAGAUCCCAGGACUCCAGCCAGACUAGACACUGCAGUAGAGAGUCUGGAUAUUCUGAUGCCACAGACCAAUGGCCGACUCCCUAUGUGGGCCCGCAGAUUGGGUGCUGGAGUUGGCAGCAGUAGCAGUGUGGAUCCACAGAGAGUCCCCCAGUACCAGCCACAGGGGCGCUGGGCUGCACAUGCUGAUCCAUUUGCUAUUCGUUCAGUACUGGAGACCAGGAGCCUUCAGCUCCCCCUCUCUGACACUCCAAGUCGAGCGGAGGAGGCUGAUGAGGAAUGUGUAGAAGAGAAAGAGGGACAUGAAGUGGACUUUCACCCUCAGAGUCUAGAUAGUCUUUUAGAUGAAGAAGAGGAGGGUGGUGAUACAUAUGAAGAGGAGGACAUCGAGAGGGUUUGUAGUGUGUCUGUACAGUUUAGUUCUGUGCUUCAAGACACAGACUUGCAGUAUUUUAGCCCAAGGCUCAACUCUUCAGAGGGGAAUGACUAUGCUCUGUACCCAGCCAACAGCACUGCUCUGUCCACCGUAGGAGAGGCGGAGUUUGAUGUGAAGGCACUUUGUGAAACUGUUGACAUUGAUCCAGAAGAGGAGGAGCUGAGUCCUGACAGUGCCUGCUCAGCUGAGAGUGGCCAGGCUCAUGACCAGGACACUGACUCGCUCAGUCAGGCAAGCUCCAUGGGUAGUUCUGGGGUGGAGGAAGAGGAGGAUGAAGAGCCUGCAAAUCUACUGCGCCAACAUUAUGACACUCUAGCAGUGGAAACUAAUGAAAAGUUUAACACGGACCUGCGCAAUCUGCAGCCUUCCAACGAGAACUUCCUCAACCCUCGUCUAAGCCUUUCUACCCGUUUCCUCUCGCGCUUCCAGAAUCGCAUACGUGGUACAGUGGCAGGAAGCAGUGUUUUGUGCAGACCUGGAGUUCGCCUGCCUCGUAUUCCAGAUGAAUCCAGCAGCAUGGAAAGGACAGAGGGCAAUUCACCACUAAUUUCUAAGACCUGUAGUUCAAAUGAUAUAAGAAGUGAUCAGAAGAAAAGUGAGAAAGUAUUAAUCUUAGAAGAGUCCAACAACAGUGAUCCAGGCAUAUUUGUCCCCAAACCUGACAGCACUAAUUUUGAUGCCUCAAAAGCCUCCUGUCAGAGUGGCACGGACAUUACCAUUGCCAAGAUGAAAUCUACGGGUGAGAAAGUCGAUGUGUGUCAAGAGCAGGGAAAUGGUCACAGAAGUGAAAUUCUCUGGAAAGCCUCAUUGCCUAAUCAAGAUCAUAGUGUGACCCAAAACAGCAAGGAAAGCCUCCUUCCUCAACAGCCUCUUGCCUCACAGACACAUCCUCCAGUUCCAGCACUUCCUCCGGCAUCUCCUGCUCUAGAUAAUCUCAGUGCCCACACGACUCUCCACUUGGACCUGUCUUCCCAAUCACCACCUACUGCCCUGAAUGCUCUGAAAAGCCAGGUGGAGCCUCUGAAUCCUCUGUGUAGACAGGCUGUGGUGAAUCCAACAGAGAUGAAGUCGGUAGGAAAUCAGAUCAGUCACGUUGAGGAGAAACUGACACCCAGGAUGUCCCACAGUCUCUCAUCUGACCUUGUGAAAGCAGUAGUUGAAGACGACUCUCUUGAAUCACCAGGAAAGAAUGUGGAAAAUGCACAGUCCAUGGGUCAUUGCAACAUAGAGUCAGCAAUAUCCAUGCUCACAGAAGAUGGACCUGAUCCCCUAGAUGAGACUAUAAAUCUGCAGGCAUGUAAGGAGAUGGUGAAUGUGCUCCAACACACCAUGCAGAAGGCAGCCAGCUUUUAUAGUAAAUUGCAGGGCAUCAGCGAGUUGUCAGAGCAGCAGAUGCAGAUGAAAAGCAUGCUGCAGGAGACCUUUGGCGGGAUUCUACAGGACCUUCACUCUCUUUGUCCCCAGGAGCUGAACUCUGCUGUCCCACAACUUCCAGAAGACUCUCCAGGUCGUCAGCUUAGGGAUGAUCGUGCCAUGGACCUUCUAGAGAGAUAUUCGGAGAUGCUACUGUUGCGCAUGGCUGAAAAGAAGUUGGACUACAAUUGAGUUAUCUCCAUAUGGUUCAACGUGGACAGUAAAUCAGUUACAGUUAUAGUCAGUGCUGAUUGUGCUGUCUGUUUACACGCAUCUACAUACUUUGUUUUUUGCACAAAAGCAUAUUUAGUUCCUCUACAUUGGCAGCAUUUGUCACAAAUUAUUUAUUACUGCAGAAUUUUUUUUUUUAAAUGUGCUUAGUCUAACUUUUUCUGACAUGGUUUUUCUGAAAGGCAGUGUGUUCAGCCAAAUCAUCUUGCAUUUUAUGGUCCUUCUAAUAAAUCAACUUUUUUUAAGAAAAACAGUUCCAGCCAUCUAAACUACAAAUAGGUAAUGAAUUAAAGGGGAAAAACAAAUGUCUUACUGAGGUUUUGGACUAUGAUCAGCUGGCAGAGCAUUUUUAAUGCAAUGAUGGUGGGUGGUGAUAAUGGUAUGUCAUUAUUUCAUUUAAAAUUGAACAGUAUUACUUGAGCUGAAUGUCUCCCACUGAGCAUUCUCAUUAUUUCUCACAAGUUUGUUGUAGUUUUGUUUUUGACCUGUUUCUGUUGUAUCACUAAUAUGAUAAAACUUUCACAUGUACAUGUUCUGCUUUAUAUUGUCCCUGCAUUGAGGACUGUUGCACAAUACCUGCUGAAUUGGUCACAUUGUGUCCCACUGCAGUGUAGGUGUUUGCAGAUGCAUGUUCAUGGCUCAUGCUUUGGCUUUGUUGUUGACCAUUUUUACUUGUAAAUACAUUUUAACUUUUAAACGAUCAGCUUUUGAUAAUAAAGAAUUGUUUUUCUA